ACCUAUUGCAAAGACGUUCCUGCUGGACAAGGAAAAGUGUUUGAAUGCUUAUUAGUCAAACGAUUUGAUCAGUUCAUGGAUCCCGAGUGCGGUGCUUUACUGGCUGAACGAGCAUAUUUCAUGGGAAGAGACUACCGUAUGGCGCAUCCUCUAGUGCGAGGAUGUGAAAAAGAAAUGAAAGACUAUAAGUGCGAACCACAGAGCCAAUAUGAAUCAGCUGCUCAUUUCCAUUUGGCAUGGAUUUUGCUGUGCUUGGAGAAUGGCGCCCACGUUGCAAAGGACACAAACCCACCAUCAGCACAAUGCCAACAUGAGAUGCUGACUCACCGUCAAAUGAUGCUCACCGAAUUCCGCAUGGCGCCAGAAUUAGUGCUGCAUUGCGCACAAGAGAUUGAUAGAUGGUGUAGUCCAAGAGGAGAUAUAGAAGCUGAGGGAAGAACACUGCAUUGUUUGAUGGAGCACGCGUCGUCUGCUGACAAAAAUCUCCAACUUGGUCCACAAUGUAUGCAAGCCGUAAAGGAAGUUGUUAAGGUAGGAAUCCCAGCAUCAAUUUAA